AUGGGCCUCACGACUUGGCUUGCAGCCGUCUCGCUGGUCGGCACAGCUGCAGCACAAUACUUCCCACCUGCUCCCGAAGGAUUGACAGUGGUAGACUCGAAACAUGAGAAAGGAGUGAAGAUCUCCUACAAGCAGCCGGGGAUCUGCGAAACCACACCGGGCGUCAAGUCGUACUCUGGUUACGUGCACUUGCCCCCAGGAACCCUGAACGAUGUGGGCGUAUCUCAAAAGUAUCCCAUCAACACAUUUUUCUGGUUCUUCGAAGCCCGGCAUGACCCGAAGAACGCCCCUCUAUCCAUCUGGAUGAACGGCGGGCCCGGCAGUUCGUCCAUGAUCGGUCUCAUGCAAGAGAACGGCCCGUGUGUUGUGAAUGCAGAUAGUAACUCGACCGAGCUGAACCCCUGGUCCUGGAACAACUACGUCAACAUGCUGUACAUUGAUCAGCCCAAUCAGGUCGGAUUUAGCUACGAUGUAGCGACCAAUGGCACCUUCGAUCAGAUCGCCCAAGCGUGGAAUGUUUCCAACUGGAAGCACGGCGUGCCAGAGCAGAACAAUACCUUUUACGUCGGCACGACCACCAGCGGGAAGCCCUCGGCGGCUGCUAAUGGUACGGAGAAUGCUGCACGGUCAUUGUGGCAUUUUGCGCAGACUUGGUUCUCCGAGUUCCCUGAAUACAAGCCUAACGAUGAUCGCGUGAGCAUCUGGACGGAGUCAUAUGGCGGUCGCUACGGGCCGUCAUUCACUGCGUUCUUCCAAGAGCAAAACGAGAAGAUUAAGAAUGACACGCUCACUGCUGCGGGCGAGUCACACUACAUUCAUCUCGACACACUGGGUAUCAUCAACGGUUGUGUUGAUCUCCUCGUCCAAGCUCCUUCAUACCCCAAAAUGGCCUACAACAACACCUAUGAUCUACAGACAAUCAACAAAACCGUCUACACAGAAGCCAUGCACGCCUGGAGCCGACCAGGCGGCUGCAAAGAUCAAAUCAAGCACUGCCGGGCCCUCGCCGCUGAAGGAGACCCCCAGAUGCACGGCAACAACGAGACAGUGAACAAAGUCUGCCAGAAAGCCGGCGAUUUCUGCAGCAACAACGUCGAGGGCGCAUACAUCAACUACGCAGAUCGAGGCUACUACGAUAUCACACACAAGAAUCCAGACCCGUUCCCGCCAAACUACUUCCUGGGCUUCCUGAACCAGCACUGGGUACAGGGCGCACUUGGCGUACCCAUCAACUUCACCGAGUCCAUCGACAGCGUCUACCAAGGCUUCCAGUCCACAGGCGACUAUGCCCGCGCCGACGUCCGCGGAUACCUCGACGACAUAGCCUACGUGCUAGACUCGGGUAUUAAAGUAGCCCUUGUCUACGGAGACCGUGACUACGCCUGCGACUGGAUCGGCGGCGAAGACGUCAGUCUACGCAUCCAGCAUGCUGAAGCUGAUGCCUUCCGAGCAGCAGGGUACGCGCCCCUACGUACGAAUGCCUCAUACGUGGGCGGCCAGGUUCGGCAGCAUGGCAACUUCUCGUUCACGCGUGUGUAUGAAGCGGGCCAUGAAGUACCGGCUUAUCAGCCGCAGACGGCGUAUGAGAUUUUCCACCGGGCUUUGUUUAAUCGUGAUCUUGCGACGGGCAAGAUUGAUACUGCGCGGGAUGGGUCGUACUCGACCAAGGGACCGGCUUCGACGUGGCAGUUUAAGAAUCAGGUGCCUGAGAGUCCUGAGCCGGUGUGUUAUAUUUUGGCGUUGGAGUCGACGUGUACGGAUGAUCAGAUUGCCAGUGUGGUGAAUGGGACGGCGGUGAUUAAGGAUUAUGUUGUUGUGGGGUGA